AGUCGAACGGAAAUGCUUGCGUGAUGUAAACAACAACAAAUCAACGCUUCAAAAUUUUGGUUCAGAAACAAGCAAGCUGUGCAGAAAAUGAUAUUCCCGGUGUGGAACUAAAACUCCAAACUGGGAUAAUUCUCAGCAGCCUCAAAAAUGAAGCUGUCGCUACCGUUGCAAGGAUACUUUGAUCUGCUGAAGCAUUCACCGGGCGAGAAAAAGUUUGUCUGCAUCAACUGCGGUCGGCCCGUGUCCGGCCUGUACCGUCAGAUCAGUUCCACCGUGCUGAAAAUUAUCGACUGCGAUAAAUGCAAGAAACCUGCCGACAAGUACAUCGAGUUCGAGGUGCUUAUCAUACUGAUCGAUUUAAUACUUUUGUCCAAGCCCGCUUAUCGACAUAUUCUAUACAAUUCCGAUUGUAAGAACCUCUGGAAAAUUGGCUGCAUUCUGAUACUGCUCGAGGCCUACUGUUUCUGGACGGAUGCCUUCCGCGGUAUAACCAGCAUUACCUAUCGUUCGCACCUGACCGAUCCGUUCCUGUCCGAGAAAGGGUUCUACCUGUCGACCGUUCAUUUCGUGGCCGGAUUUAUACUGCUGUACGGGUUUAUUUACUUAUUUACCCGCGUUCUGCAUCGCUCCGUGCCGCGGGUAACGGGCAAUGGGAAAACCUACCCGUACAUGCUGCUGCAUGGCGUGAUACUGGCCAGCAUCGGGAAGUUUCUCUUCAUUCCCAUCAUUAUCUGGAGGGAAAACUCGACCGAGACGGGCAUGGCCAUCCAUAUUGUGCUGGUGCUGAUGUAUUUUGUGAUAUCGCUGGUACAGAUCCACUCGGUAGUUAGUGACUGUACGCGGUCGCGAUCCGGUGUGAUCGUCAUUCUGGCGUUUAUUGUUAAGGCAUACUUUCUGACUCGAGUGAGCGGAUUGCUGCAGCAGUUUGUAUAAUAAAUUAGUAUUCUCACUUAUG